UCUAUCUUAUCUAUCUAUCUAUCUAUAUCUAUCUAUCUUCAUUAUCUAUCUAUCUAUGUCAUCUUUUCAUUAUCUAUCUAUAUAUCCUAUCUAUCUAUCUAUUAUCUAUCUAUCUAUAAAUAAAUAUAUAUUAUCUAUCUAUCUAUCUAUCUAUCUAUCUAUCUAUAUUUAUCUAUCUAUCUAUCUAUCUAUUGCAGUCUAUUUCAUUAUCUAUCUAUCUAUCUAUCUAUCUCAGUCUAUUUUUAUCUAUCUAUCUAUCUAUCUAUAUCAGUCUGUUCAUUUAUCUAUCUAUCUAUCUAUCUAUGUCAGUCUGUUCAUUAUCUAUCUAUCUAUCUCAGUCUAUCUAUUAUCUAUCUAUCUAUCUAAUAUCUAUAUCUAUUGUUUCAUUAUCUAUCUAUCUAUCUAUUAUCUAUUAAUUAUCUAUCUAUCUAUCUAUCUAUCAUCAAAUGAAUUAUAUCUAUCUAUCUAUCUAUUCAAAUCUAACUAUAUAUCUAUCUAUCUAUCUAUCUAUUCAUUAAAUAUCUAUCUAUCUAUCUAUCUAUGUCAGUCUGUUUGUAUCUAUCUAUCUAUCUAUAAAUCUAAUCAGUCUAUUUCAUUAUCUAUCUAUCUAUAUCAGUCUAUUCAUUAUCUUUCUCAAUCCUCAUUAUCUAUCUAUCUAUCUAUCCUGUGUCAAUAUCUAUUUAUCUAUCUAUCUAUAUAUCAUCUAUCUAUCUCAUUUUUUUUGAUCCUAAAUACUUUUCUUUCUUUUCAUAAGCCCUACAUCCUUUUCAUUUCUUUUCUCUUUUCUCAUAAACCCUAUAUACCUUUUCUUUUUUUCAUCUUAAAAUUGCUAAGGUUCUUUUUUCAUCUUUGUUUAUUAAAUACAUCUUUUUUUUUCUUUUUAUUUACUUUUAAUGUACAUACUUUUUUCUUUUCAUCUUUUCUUGUGAUCCCUAUUCUUUUUUUUUCUUUCAUCUUUUCUUGUAAACCCUAUUCAUUUUUCAUUUCUUUUAUCUUUUCUUGUGAUCCCUACAUCCUUUUUCUUUCCUUCAUAUUUGCUUGUGAUACUAUGACAGCCUUUCUUAUUUCUUUCAUGUUUUCUUUUUGA